CCCCCCACUCCCGCCCCCCUCCAGAGCGAGCUCCGGCCUCGCCAAGGCGGCUCCGACGGGGCGGCGGCGGCGGCGUCAGGCUGAGGAGAAGCGGCGCUGGUGCCCCGUGAGGAGGAGCGGCUGGUGCUGCGGCGGCGGCGUCUCUGGAUGGGGCCGCGGCCGGCGGGGGCUGCCUCGCGUCCGCGUCGCCAGGGGCGGCUCCUUCCUCCUCCUCCUCCUCCUCCUGAGGGGAACCCGGCCGCCUCGUCUCGCCGCCACCGCUGCUGAGGGAAGCAGGCUCGGGGGCGGCGGCCGCCUCCUCCUCGUCUCCUCCUCCUCCUCCUCAGCCCGGUCGGGGCGGCGCCUGAGGGAGGCAGCGGCGGCGUCGGGCCUUCCUCCCGCCGGCCCCAAUGCAGCAGCAGCAGCAGCAGCCUGACUCAGCGGCGGAGGCGCGGGAGAGGAAGAAGAUGGCGCAGCCCGCGAUGCUGCCUCGGAGGGGCGGCAGCACCAGCAGCAGCGGCGCCGGCUUGGAGGACUUCCCGGCCGGCCUGCUGGUCCAGCCGACGCCGGCGUCCCCUGCCGCAUCCUCCGCCUCGGUCUCCGUCUCCUCCUGCCCUCCCGGGGCUCCUCCGCCGCAGAGCCUGGCGCUGCUCUCGCAGGGGGGAGGCGGCGGCGGGCCGGCGGGCGCCCAGUUGAAGAAGAAGAGCGGCUUCCAGAUCACCAGCGUGACCCCGGCGCAGAUCUCGGCCAGCCUCAGCUCCAACAACAGCAUCGCCGAAGACACCGAGAGUUACGACGACCUGGACGAGUCGCACACCGAGGACUUCUCCUCCUCCGAGAUCCUGGACGUCUCGCUCUCCCGGGCCACCGACUUGGGGGAGCCCGAGCGCAGCUCCUCCGAGGAGACGCUCAACAACUUCCACGAGGCCGACAGUCCCGGCGCCGUCUCCCCCAACCAGCCUCGCCCGGCCCAGCAGCCCCGAGGCCUGACCAACGGCAGCGCCCACCCGCUGCACAUGCCCCACUACGCCCAAGGGGGGCACCCCCAGCCUCCCUCCCAUGCCGGGGUCCCCCCGCCGAUGUCUGCGGGAUCUCCAUCCAGCCCGUCUUUCCGAAGGCUGCCCGUCGCGGGAAGUUUGGAGAGGCCUGGUCCUGCAGGAGCAUCCUCCGUGGCGGCCCUUGCGGGGGCCACCGUAGCUCACUUCCAUGCGGGGGCCAUUGCUGCCGGGGGAGCCGUGGCCGCUGCAGCGAGUGGCAGGGCCCGCCAGGUGGGCAAGACCCUCACGAACCUUGCCGCUGCGGGCAACGGCAUGGCCUUGCCUGGAGGGAGCCACCCUGGGAAUGUGGCACUCUCCGGCGGGAUCGGCAACGGUACCGGGACCCCCUCAAACACCUCCGGAAGUACUGGUCAUACAGCCGCAGGGGCCACGGCAACGGGUCAUCUGCAGCCGGCCGGCAGCACCUCCCGUUUCCGUGUGGUGAAAUUAGAUUCAAGUUCGGAGCCCUUUAAGAAAGGCCGAUGGACUUGUACCGAGUUCUACGACAAGGAGAAUCCCGGGGCAGUGGCUGAAAGUGCCCCCGUGGCUAAAACCGUAGACGCUCUCCUAGACGUGGCCUCCGAAAGAGAAAGCACCAGUGGGAGCUCGGUCAGUAGCACCCUGAGCCACUACACCGAGAGCGUGGGCAGUGGGGAGAUGGGGGCGCCUCCUGGGAUGCAGCCGCAAGGGUUCCAUCCUCAGCAGAUGGAGUUCAGCACUGGGUUGCCCUCAGCAUCAGCACCGGGGCUCCCCCAGAGUAUGUCUCAGUCCCAGCUCUCCCAAGUCCAGCUGCAUCCUCAAGAGGUCAGCUACCCUCCGCAGAAGCAAGGGGCGCCCCCUCCCACCUCGGCCAUGCCUCCUCCGUUGACCGUCGUGGGUGGCCAUCAACCAACUCUGCCGUUCACCCCACCGCCAACCCAGCCGGUCCCUGCGGUUCCAGUCGCUCCACAGCCCCAGCCGUUACCUUUUGGGCAGGGACAGGCUCAGCACCCCACCGCCUUGCCCCCCAUGCCUAUGCAGAUGGCUCCAGGGCAGCACGUGAAGCCCAUCACCCAAACUUCAUUGCCUGAGUACAUCCAGCCCCCGCAGAUGCUUCCAGCUCCUUCUUUGCAGCCCGGGACAGCGAUUGUCGGAAGCGGUUCAUCCGUGCCCGUCGCUCAGCCUCCAAAUAUGCAGCUUCCUGUCCAGACACACAUCCCAGUGGCACCUUCUCAGUCUGUGGCGCAGGCUCAACCCGCCAUCCCAGCCGCGGGGGCUCCCGCUGCCCUGAUGAACGUUGGGCAACCAGGAAGUGCCGCUCCCGUAGCCCAGCGGCCCUCCGUCGCAAGUCAGAUUGCUCCUUCUGUGUUGGCCCCCAGCGCUGCUGUUCCUGCACCCCCACAAGCAGCCCCAGGAUCCCAAAGUGCUCCAUCAGGCCUUCCUCAGACUUUGGGCAUCCCGCCACCGGGCAACCUGAUGCCCAUGCAAGCCGCCGAUCCUCUGGUUCAAGGAAUGGCCCAGUUGCCUCCUGUUAGCCCAGUCCCUUCCGUCAGCGCUGCUGCUCCUGUGCCUGGCCACUCGGCUUCCAGUAUGCCCCCUGCGCCUGGGAGCCUGGCUCCUUCCAAGACCCUCGCCCAGCCUUCAAGUAUGCAAAAUGGGAGCCUGGUCCAAAAUGUCUCUCAGCCUGCCUUGCUUUCCACGGGCGUCCAUUUGCCGGGAGCCCCCAACUCUUCCCAGUUCUCCUCGCAGUCCCUCGCUCAGUCUAUCGCGAGCCGAAUUGAAGAGGCCAAGCGCCCUACGACCGAGUCCAUCCUGGUUGGCUUAACCCAGCCUUCUGGUGGCGCUGAAAGCAGCAGCAGCAUCGGCGCCUCCUCGGCCUUGGCAGAUGGGAGCAUGGUCUCCUCUCUCUUCCCCCUGAAGGCACUUCCGCUGGCCUCUCUGGAUGGUGAGGAAGACAGCUCCUCCGGGGCCAGCGUGGUCGCCAUCGACAACAAAAUCGAGCAAGCCAUGGAUCUGGUGAAGAGCCACUUGAUGUACGCGGUGCGAGAGGAAGUCGAAGUCCUGAAAGAGCAGAUCAAAGAACUCAUUGAGAAAAACAACCAGCUGGAACAAGAGAACAACCUGUUGAAAACCUUGGCCAGUCCAGAGCAGCUGGCUCAGUUCCAGGUUCAAUUGCAGACGAGCAAUUCUCCAGCUGGGAAUUCUUCGCAAACGCAGGGGACGAACCUGCAACCUUCCCAAGCUGCAGCACCGCAAAACUCCGGACCUUCGGCCUAGUCAGUCUUAAGCACCUCUUGAGAUUUCGGCACUCUGGAUUCUGCUGAGAGAGGCUGGACUGCGGGAAUCCAGCAGUCUCUGCAUGCUGUCUCCUACCCCCCCUCCCCAAUUAUGAAGACACUUCUGCGCCCUCCCUCCCUCCCUCCCUCCCCAACUCCUAGUCGCAAAACAUUGGUUUCCUUUCCAGUAUUAGAGCCGUUCAAGGGGGGAGCAGGAGAGGGUUGAAAUUUUUCUUUUGAGAUUUAUUUUUUAAAGUUGGGAGUGGGAGGGAGGGUCUCGCCACCAUUCAGGGAAUUAGCACAAAUGCACUGGGCGACUUGAGCAGCUUUUGCAGCGGCUGCUAAAAGAAAAAAAAAAAAAAACCAACCGUAUGAGUUUUUGUGUGCCUGAAGCUUAAUUUUUCCUUAACGAUCUUCCUUCCGUGUUAAUGCCGUGAUGAAUGCAAGCGCUGUUGGGCCUGGCAAUGUGAAGAACUUGGCUAGGGUGGUGGGGAUGAAGCCCCCUUCUCUAGCUUUCCACCAGGAAGCCAAAGGAAUAAGACAGGGAAAGAAAGAACUCUGGGGAAACUGAGGGACAGUAAAAAAAAAGGAGGGAAGGGGCUUUUGGUGCCUGCAGUCUUAAAAAAAAAAAAAAAAGCAGAUGUGCACUCAUUUUCUAUAGCCAAGGAAGGUGCGAAAAAAUUAAAAUAAAUUAAAAAAAUCACCUAUUUUCUAGGAGAGGAACCGGUAGAUAAAAAUGCUGUGACAUAGGAUGGGUCUGAUGAAGGUUUCUUUGCUUAAUGUAUAUUUGUGUAUUUAGUGUACAAUUACUUUGUAAAAUAGAAACUGUAACUACUCCAUUCAGUUGUACAGAGUGAAUUUAAAAAGAAUGAACUGAAUCAGUUUGGAUAGCGAUUUUAUUUUUCCUUUGGUUUUGGUUGUUGUUGUUUUUUUAAGUUUAUUUUUACUUUAUUUUAUUUUUUUGACGCUACAUGGAUUCAAUUUUGCACCUAUACAGCUCUUUUUGGGAUUCGGCUGGUGCUGCUUCUGUCAGUUGCCUUGGAAAAUGAAUAUAUAUAUUGAAGUCAAACUCUGUCCUUUGCAGUUCCGGUUGAUGCGGGCUGCGGGUGGGGGAGGGGCAGGGAUGAAUUCACCAAAGCAAAAAUCUUAAAAAAAUUAAUUCCUCACAUUUUGGAGGUGGGCAUACGAUCUGUGUAAUAAAAUGCAUAUGUUCUUGUGCAUGUUCUGGGCGAUGAAUUGGGAGGAAAAUGGUAAAAAUACCAGUAUAUUUAACGAUUGCACAUGUCAACUUCCAAUAAAGCAUACCAUGUUGAUAUAGAA